AAUGUAUUCAUUACGCCAAAUCUCGUGCUACAUUUUUGUGCUUUUAUUGUGAAAUUCCGGAAGUCGUUCGAAAAAACGAAGCGGAAGUUAAAGACACCGGAAACCCACGUCGGUUUUGGUGACGCUGCAUUAGAUCUCCAGACAUGGACCGGUCUUGGCUGCUCGGGUGGUUGGUGUUCAGUCUUGCACUAGCCGGUGCUCCAGCGCUCACACCGACACAUUACCUGUCCUUAUCCGACGUGGCCCGGCUGCAGGCUGUUCUGGGACAGCCCUUCACUGAUCUCGAGUCUGCUUACUACUCUGUCGUGGGUCUGACCAAGCUCGGAGGUGUUGUGCCUGAUCAAAAUGAGGUUUGCCGGUUUCUUAAAUCUCAGCUGGACCCUAUGAGCAUUGACUCCCUCUUUUUUGCUGCUGAAGCAAGUAAUGCUAUUUCAGGAUGUGAGAUCCCUGUCUCAAAUGAAACUCGGGAUAUCCUUCUAGCAGCAGUGAGUGAAGAUUCAACAAUGACUCAGAUUCAUCGGGCAGUGAGUGCACUCAGCUCUUUAGGCCUUCCUGUGGCAUCCCAAGAAGUCGUAGGUGCAUUGACUGCUCGCAUCAAGAAAGAGGAAAAUGUUAUGGCCAUCACGCUGGCUUUGGCCACAGCAGCUCGCCUCUCCCAGGAGGCAGAACUAGGAGCAAUUCUGGAGGAAAUCGAGGAUCUGACAGCUCGUUUGGAUGAUCUUGGUGGCCUUUACCUCCAGUUUGAAGAGGGUCUUGAAGCAACAGCCUUGUUUGUCUCUGCUGCUUACUCUCUGUCUGAUCAUGUUGAUAUGGAGCCACCUCUUAAAGAGGAUCAGGUUAUCCAGUUGGUUAAUUCAAUAUUCAGUAAAAAAUCCUGGGACUCCUUAUCUGAGGCCUUUAGUGUGGCCAGUGCUGCUGCAGCUUUCUCGAACAACCGGUUCCAUGUUCCUGUAGUGGUCACUGCCCAGGGCCCUGCCACAGUGUCUCACAGCCAGCCCACCCUGCAGCUUCUUAUUACUGAUGUCAUGUCCCAGCCUUUGGCCUCAGCAAAUGUUCUGGUGGAAUCUGCGUACGCUGUGGCCUCCAAGAGCAUCAUCCUUAGCCAAGCACCUUUCACUCUUAAUGAUGGAGUUUUUGAACUGAACUUCAUGUCCAGUCAGCCAGCUAGUGGAUAUUAUCAGUUCACUGUGGCUGUGACUGGAGACAGCAGACUGGUGGCUAAUCAUGUUGAGCUUAAGGUGAAGGUGUCAACAGAGGUAGCUGUAACCAACAUGGACCUUUCAGUCGUGGAUAAAGACCAAAGCAUUGGUACAAAAACCACAAGAGUGGAUUAUCCAUCCAAAGCCAAGACCCCAUUCACAGCAGACAGCCACCAAAACUUUGCCAUGUCCUUCCAGCUGGUCGACACCAACACUGGAGUGGAGCUCACCCCUCACCAGACUUUUGUUCGUCUGCACAACCAGAAAACUGGCCAAGAAGUUGUAUUUGUGGCUGAACCAGACAGCAAAAAUGUUUAUAAAUUUGAACUGGAUACAGCGGAGAGAAAAUCUGAGUUUGACUCCAUCUCUGGGACAUAUACUCUUUAUCUGAUUGUCGGUGAUGCAACCUUGGAUAACCCCAUAUUAUGGAAUGUGGCUGAUGUUGUACUGAAAUUUUUGGAUGAGGAAGCUCCAACUACAAUCCAGCCCAAGACACUCUAUGUUCCUAAACCAGAGAUUCAGCACUUAUUUAGGGAACCAGAGAAAAAGCCUCCCACUGUUGUCUCCAACACAUUCACAGCACUGGUCCUUUCUCCACUCCUGCUUCUUCUCAUCCUGUGGUUGAAGCUUGGAGCCAACAUCUCCAACUUCAGUUUCUCUCCCAGCACCAUUUUGUUCCACACUGGCCACGCAGCCAUGCUGGGCCUCAUGUAUGUGUACUGGACUCAUCUGAACAUGUUCCAGACCCUCAAGUACUUGGCCAUAAUCGGUGGGGUCACUUUCCUUGCCGGCAACCGCAUGCUGGCUCAGAAAGCUGUCAAGAGAAAUGAGAAAAACUGAGAGGUACAAAUGUGAAGACGAUACUGGCAUAGCUUGUUUUUUCGGUUUGUAAGAAGUCAUCCCACAUCACAUCAGCCAGACUUGAAGCAAUGGUGCAGCAGUUUCUAAGUCCAUUUACCAUUUGAAAUUGUUUGUCUUGUGUUGCCAAAAUGUAAAAGAUGAAUAUCUGUUUGAAUGGAGCACAGACCAGCAGAAAUACAAUGACAGAUUGUUUUACUGAAAGCUCUAAAGCUACUGAUCAAUGCACUUCAUCUUCAUGUGAGAUUUGAGUUGUUAAUGUCCAUCAAAGCUGCAUUUCGUUUGUGAAUUUUUUAUUUGUGGAAUUUGAGAAAUUUGUGUGUUUUGUACAUUCCUCUUUGUCAAUGCUCAGUGCCCAUUUCCUCUGUUCAAAUUUUGUCCGCCGUUAGCACGCACCACAUGUUAUUCUACUGUACAGUUUUACCACAUUUGAAAAAAACAGUUGAAUUGGGUUAAGUUUUUUGUAAUUACAGAGGAAAUAAAGAAAACUGAGGUGAA